AUGGGAAACACUAAAUCGUUGGCAAAUUCAAUAAUUUUUCCGGCACCGCCGUCCUCGUACGAUCACCGGUUCCCGGAUUUGAUUUGGAUACCAAAGCGAUUCGCAGGAAAGAUACAAGACUACUGCCCAGACUCUACAUCUUCAACCUUUCCAGCGCUCUAUAUAGCAGCACCAAAACCAACCAACCUUUUCAUCAUUUACUUACACGGAAACUCGUGUGACAUUGGAUCAGUAAAACCAGAGUUGGACAUUAUCUGUGAAGCCCUAAAUGCAACGAUUGUAGCGGUAGAAUAUCCAGCCUAUGGGCUAUCACCCGAGCUAUCGGUUGCCACUGGACCAUCUAUUGACUUUAGGGUCAUUGCAACCGUCUACUUUUUGCUAUCGCUGGGAAUAGAACCGAGCUCAAUCAUCUUUUUUGGACGCUCGAUCGGAACUGGUCCAGCCGCAUCCAUUGCUGCGCACUUUGCCAAGAAUGGGAUCCAGUGCGGGGGGGUCAUACUACAGGCACCGUACAUUUCUAUACACAAGAUUGUACAAGGUACGUUCAAUGCGUGUUUAUAUGGAGCCUAUAAUGUGAAGUGGUGA